UAGAUAGGAUAAUGUAGGUGUCGCUGAAGCCACUUAUCACGAAAGUACAUCAUAAACGCAAAGUAAAUAAAAAUUAAGUAUUAAAUAUCGAAACAAAAGGGAAUUGUAUUCGAUAUGCGUAUUACGAGUAUACUUUACUACAAAGUUCAUAAUAUCCCAUUUAGAUUUCGUGGGAAAUACGGUAUACGUAAAAAACCAACAUUGAAAGAUAUUUUUCAAUUUAAACGGGAUCUUGAAAGGGAAGAAGCGAAUAUGUUGAUAUUAAGGCAUCCUUAUCUUACGACGGAGCAAUCAAAUGGUCAUAUGAGCCAUCUUAAGCAACAGAGGGUUGAAAAUCUGAUGACAAAAUUCAGAGAAGAUGCAAAUGCGAAAUUUAACAGAAAAGUCACUAUCAUGGAUCGGUUAGGUCAUUUGAAAGUAUCCGAAUCUUGGGAUUAAUAUUUAUUUUCUCAUUAGUUACAAUUUGUUUGCCAUUUUGUUAAACGUAAAGAAUUGCGUUAAAUAAAAAUAUAUGAUGUAUCUACAA